CCUGUCCKGAGGUUCAAGUGUCAAGGUCCCUUGGCCGAGUCUCCGGUGGGGACGCUCCAUACCUGACCCGGCAAAAACGCCUGGCUGCAGCGAGUGGGACUGUGGACUGCCCCGGGCCUUGGGUCACCGAGGCUGCUGGGUCCUCCUCGCACUCCGUGGCCAGGGGAUCGGACAGUCCGCCUAACACCGAAAUUGACCAAUUUUGACAACAUGUAGUGCUGCAUUGUGCCUGAUGGGAUAUGAUCAAUCAUGGCAUCCGAACUUUGUAAGACGAUCACUGUGGCAAGGCUUGAAAAGCACAAGAAUUUGUUCUUAAAUUAUAGGAAUCUGCACCAUUUUCCAUUGGAGUUACUGAAAGAUGAAGGACUGCAGUACUUGGAGAGACUCUAUAUGAAAAGGAACUCCCUUACCACCUUGCCAGAAAACCUUGCUCAGAAGCUUCCAAACCUUGUGGAACUGUACCUUCACUCAAAUAACAUAGUAGUGGUUCCAGAAGCUAUUGGGUCCCUUGUAAAACUCCAGUAUCUGGAUCUUAGUGACAAUGCCUUAGAAAUUGUUUGCCCAGAAAUUGGUCGUCUGAGAGCUUUACGUCAUCUUCGAUUAGCUAAUAAUCAACUGCAAUUCCUACCUCCAGAGGUUGGCGAUUUGAAGGAGCUGCAGACACUAGACAUUUCUACCAAUCGUUUGCUAACUUUACCCGAGCGGCUUCAUCUGUGCCUUUCUCUGCAGUACCUCACUGUGGACCGCAAUCGUCUAUGGUAUGUGCCGCGCCAUCUUUGCCAGCUGCCCAGCCUCAACGAACUCUCCAUGGCUGGAAAUCGUCUUGCAUUUUUGCCACUUGAUUUAGGUCGAUCUCGAGAACUGCAAUACGUAUAUGUGGAUAACAACAUUCACCUGAAGGGCUUGCCRUCUUACCUGUACAAUAAAGUCAUYGGGUGCAGUGGCUGCGGAGCCCCCAUCCAAGUGUCUGAGGUAAAGCUGCUCUCCUUUUCAUCGGGGCAGCUGACUGUCUUCCUCCCAGCUGAGGUGAAGGCCAUAGGGACAGAGAACGAUCACGUCCUGCCUCUGCAAGAGCUGGCCAUGAGAAGUCUGUAUCAUGCCUACCACAGAUUUCUAAAAGAUCUGAACUUUUUGUCUCCAAUCUCAUUACCCAGAAGUCUCCUGGAGCUGCUGCACUGCCCCCUGGGGCACUGUCACCGGUGUAGUGAGCCCAUGUUUACCAUCGUCUACCCCAAGCUUUUUCCCUUGAGAGAGACACCGAUGGCAGGGCUGCACCAGGGGAGGACAACUGUUAGUUUUGUGGCUUACUGCUGCUCCACCCACUGUCUGCAGACUUUUGACCUGCUGAGUUGAUAAACACUCAAGAGCCUCAGGAGCACUGCCGGCUUGACACCAAGGCCGCCUCUGAGUUGCACACUGUGUGCGGCARGGCUUGGAUAGUCCAACCAGGGCAGAACAGGCCCUUCCAUCCUGUCCUGUCUCAUGCGGGGGCAUGCAGAACUCUCUGGAAAUGUCAUAUUGAGCUGCACAGCUAAAACGCCUUCACCCUUCCCCCAAGUUGGAAUAUAUCCUCCCCCAAAUUAAGGACAUCCUGUCUUCUGUGUUUUUUUCCUUUUAUGUGAGUGUGUCUCAUACGUAAACUAUUUAGUUUGAUGAACCUCCACACGUCUAAUUUAAAGUGAGUUCCCUGAAGAACUAUUAUUUGAUAAUACAGGCAAAUUAACUUUUGAACAGCUUACCUUCAGUGAUACUUCUCCUGCUCUCUUUCUUUCCCCCAGAGGAUUAUUUCCCCAUGCGAUUAUUCUCCAUGGUUUCUCCAGUGGAAACUUGUCAGUUUUUAGCAUCUCAUCACACUCCAUGGCCUAAUAGUCUCGCAUACCAGGGUGGGGUGCCUGAGUUGGCGGCAAAGUUAGACUCCUGUGGAGGCGCAGCAAGAUCCCAGAGCACACACCCUCUGGAAAGUUACAACCUUAUUUGUAAGUUUUGCAAUGUAUUAAGAGACCAUCAAGAGGGAUUUAAAAACGAAAAUGAAAUACACUCUGAUUUGAAAGACUAUAUACAAAAAAAUAAUUUAAAAAAUGUUUUAACUUCCUAAUGAGAUUCUUUUUUAAUAAAUGAGAAGCUCAAGAAAUAUUUGAGGCUUUAAAAGAUCUUAUCCUUUCUAGAUUUAAGCAUUUUUCUGCAUAAUAAGAAAAGGGGAGAAAACACACACCAAAAUAAGACCUCCCUGUUCCCAUUAGGUGGGUUUAUGAUUAAAUUCAUACUGAUUUUGAGCUAUCAUUGUUACAUGUGAAAAAAUGGCUUCAGCUACGUCUGCUACUAGUUGUUAGCAGGGCUAUCCAAAGUACAGCUUGAGCGCAUUAUUUACCUAGUGCAUGAGCUUGUGUUCAUUUUGACUCUGGAUUUCUUAUAUAUGUAACAUUGUUGUCCAGAUAUCACUGAGAAAAUACAGGUGAAGUCCAAACAGCCUUGGGCUUUGGUUAAAAAAAAAAAAAAAACCUCCAUAAACAGCCUGUGAGC